UGUAAUUCAUUCAUCUUUCAGGUUGGAGGGGAACCCUCUCACCGCGCACUUUCCGCGUUGGGAGGGGGUGGGGCUUCCCUUUUUUUAAUUUAUCAGGCUCGGAACGCAAUUCCUUGCAGAAAACCCCUCCGGCAGAGCAGCUCCCAUAGCGAGGGCAGCAUGAACGGGACGGAGGGGAUCAAUUUUUACGUGCCUAUGUCCAACAAGACGGGGGUGGUGCGGAGCCCCUUCGAGUACCCGCAGUACUACCUGGCCGAGCCCUGGAAAUACCGCCUCGUGUGCUGCUACAUCUUCUUCCUCAUCUCCACCGGCUUCCCCAUCAACUUCCUCACCCUCCUGGUCACCUUCAAGCACAAGAAGCUGCGGCAGCCCCUCAACUACAUCCUGGUCAACCUGGCGGUGGCUGACCUGUGCAUGGCCUGCUUUGGUUUCACCGUCACCUUCUACACCGCCUGGAACGGCUACUUCGUGUUCGGCCCCAUCGGCUGCGCCGUGGAGGGAUUCUUUGCCACCCUGGGAGGCCAGGUCGCCCUGUGGUCCCUGGUUGUCCUGGCCAUCGAGCGCUACAUUGUCAUCUGCAAGCCCAUGGGCAACUUCCGCUUCUCCGCCAGCCACGCCAUGAUGGGCAUCGCCUUCACCUGGGUCAUGGCCAUUUCCUGCGCCGCGCCGCCGCUCUUCGGCUGGUCCAGGUACAUCCCAGAGGGGAUGCAGUGCUCCUGUGGGCCCGACUACUACACCCACAACCCCGACUUCCACAACGAGUCCUACGUGCUCUACAUGUUCGUCAUCCACUUCAUCAUCCCCGUCGUCAUCAUCUUCUUCUCCUACGGGCGCCUCGUUUGCAAAGUCCGCGAGGCAGCUGCCCAGCAGCAGGAAUCGGCCACCACGCAGAAGGCGGAGAAGGAGGUGACGCGGAUGGUGAUCCUCAUGGUGCUGGGCUUCAUGCUGGCCUGGACGCCCUACGCCGUGGUGGCGUUCUGGAUCUUCACCAACAAGGGCGCCGACUUCACGGCCACGCUGAUGGCAGUGCCUGCCUUCUUCUCCAAGAGCUCCUCCCUCUACAACCCCAUCAUCUACGUGCUCAUGAACAAACAGUUCCGUAACUGCAUGAUCACCACAAUCUGCUGCGGCAAGAACCCCUUUGGGGAUGAAGAAACCUCCUCCACCGUAUCCCAGAGCAAGACCGAGGUCUCCUCCGUCUCCUCCAGCCAAGUAUCACCUGCAUAGAGCAUGGACAGUUUGAACUGGGGUGACCUGCCGAGCUCGGGGACCCAGACAGACGCCCCACAGCCGCUCCCUCGUGCCCCGGCCCCCUCCCCUGCAGGGGAAUUUAGCUGUGCCCGUCCUGCUGUAGCUGUGCAGACCCCACCCCACACAUCCACGGGGACCCACACGUGGUGCUCUGAGCUCUGCCACUCCGAGCCUGGGGAGCCCAGAGCUGUGGCCCAGCUCCCAGGAGCACGUCACCUCUGGGGGACUGUCCCCACCUGUCCCCAUCGAGUUCAAACAGCUGCAGUUGAUGGGGACCCCAAACCUUUUCCUGCCUGAAUCCCGCUUCCCGCCAGCAUCGCCCUUCCCUGGGCUCCUGGGAGCAUCCAGGAGCAUCCAGGCUCAUUUGCAAAAAUCUAAAUAUUCUGGCAAAGCCCCAGCAGAGGGCCCGUGGCUGGGGUGGCCCCACCUGCCCCUCCCCACGGCCUGAGCCCGGGGCUCUCUGGAGCUACACUCCCACUGGGAUUCCCACCAGGAAUCGAUUCCUGCAGCCUCUAUAAAUCAAUAUAACAAACGGAGCCACGAGCGGGCUCCGCUUCCAGCCCAGCUCCCUCUCUC